UCAUGAUUCCUGUGAUGGAAUUCCGGCAGUUCUCUGAACAGCAGCCAGCGUUCAGAGUCCUGAAGCCGUGGUGGGAUGUGUUCACUGACUACCUGUCCGUAGUCAUGCUCAUGAUUGGCGUGUUUGGAUGCACUCUUCAGGUAAUGCAAGAUAAAAUCAUAUGCCUUCCUCAGAGAGUUUUGCCGCCUCCAGAGAGCACAAGUGAAGUGGAAGUAAAGUCACUGUUACACCUGCAAUCCAAUAUUUCUGCCGCACCAAGAGAAAUGACCGGCCUGAAGACCGAUCUGGAUCUUCAACAGUACAGUUUCAUCAAUCAGAUGUGUUACGAGAAGGCUCUGCAUUGGUAUGCCAAGUACUUUCCUUAUCUGGUUCUCAUACACACACUAAUUUUCAUGGUGUGUAGCAACUUCUGGUUCAAAUUCCCUGGCUCCAGCUCUAAAAUAGAGCAUUUUAUCUCCAUGCUUGGCAAGUGCUUUGAUUCUCCCUGGACCACGAGAGCUUUGUCGGAGGUGUCCGGAGAAAAUCCUGAAGAAAAGGAUAAAAAGAGCAUUACUCUUAGGUCCAACAUCGCCGUGUCUCCUGGUGAAGGAAGCUUGGAGAAGACACAGUCCCUCAGGUCGAUCCCCGAAAAGAUUGUGGUUGACAAGCCAUCAGCGAGUGCUCUUGAUAAAAAAGAGGGUGAACAAGCAAAAGCUCUUUUUGAAAAGGUGAAGAAGUUCCGUUUGCAUGUCGAAGAAGGAGAUAUCCUUUAUCUUAUGUACGUACGGCAGACAGUGUUCAAGGUAUUCAAAUUCCUCCUGAUCAUUGCCUACAAUAGUUCUCUAGUGAAUAAAGUGCAAAAUAGAGUGCAUUGUGUAGUUGAGAUCCAGGACAUGACAGGCUACAAAAACUUUGAAUGUAAUCACACAAUGGCUCAUCUGUUUUCUAAGCUUUCCUACUGUUACCUGUGUUUAGUGGCUGUCUAUGGAUUAACAAGCCUUUACACGUCUUACUGGCUGUUUUACCGCUCACUGAAAGAAUACUCUUUUGAGUAUGUGCGUCAGGAAACGGGCAUCAAUGACAUCCCAGACGUCAAGAACGACUUUGCCUUCAUGCUACACAUGAUUGAUCAAUAUGACCCUCUGUAUUCUAAGCGAUUUGCAGUUUUUCUAUCCGAGGUCAGUGAGAACAAACUAAAACAGCUCAACCUCAAUCAUGAGUGGACCGCGGAGAAACUGCGUCAGAGACUGCAGACUAACAGCAACAACAAACUUGAACUCCAGCUGUUCAUGCUCCCGGGGUUACCUGACACUGUCUUUGAGUUGACAGAGCUGCAGUCACUCAAGCUAGAGAUUAUCAACAAUGUCACCAUCCUUGCCUCAAUCUCUCAGCUGGAGAACCUUCAGGAGCUGUCUCUUUACCAAUGCUCUUUAAAGUUGCACACAACAGCUACCUCCUUCCUCAAAGAUAACCUGAAAGUGCUUCGUGUUAAAUUCGAUGAUAACAGGGAACUUCCAAACUGGAUGUACGGUCUGCGCAACUUAGAGGAGCUCUAUCUCACCGGGUCUCUGAGCCCUGACGCCUCCAAAAACAUAGUUCUUGAGUCGCUGCGGGACAUGAAGUGUUUGAAAACGCUCUCCCUCAAGAGUAAUUUGACCAAGAUACCCCAGUCUAUAGUUGAUGUUUCCAGCCAUCUGCUUCGGCUAUACUUUCACAAUGAUGGCACUAAGCUAGUAAUGCUCAACAACUUGAAAAAGAUGACCAACCUGAUUGAGCUGGAGCUAGUACGUUGUGAUCUGGAACGCAUCCCACAUGCAAUCUUCAGCCUAACGAACCUACAAGAGCUCGACCUGAAAGAGAAUAACCUGCGAUCAAUAGAAGAGAUAAUCAGCUUCCAACAUCUUCGAAAGCUCACUUGCCUCAAACUGUGGUACAACAGUAUCAUGUAUAUCCCAGAGCAUAUCAAGAAGCUUGGUAGCCUAGAGCGCCUCUACUUCUGCCACAACAAGAUCGAGGUAUUGCCUUCGCACCUGUUUUUGUGCAACAAGCUGCGCUACCUGGACCUAUCCAACAAUGACAUCCGAUUCAUCCCUCCAGAAAUUGGAGUCCUUCAGAGUCUACAGUAUUUCUCUGUGGUCUGUAACAAAAUCGAAAAUCUACCAGAUGAGCUCUUCUUUUGCAAAAAGCUCAAAAUACUAAAGCUUGGCAAAAACUCACUGUCCAUACUCUCGCCAAAGGUUUCCUACCUGGCUCUACUGACAUACUUGGACCUAAAGUGCAACCACUUUGAGGUUCUGCCACAAGAGCUCGGUUGCUGUCAUGCUUUGAAGCGCAGCGGCCUUAUAGUGGAAGAGACACUGUUUGAAACUCUGCCUUCCGAUGUCAGGGACCAAAUGAAGGCUGAGUGAGAUGCCUUAUAGUAGCCACAGUGCCUGCUGCGUGUUCUGUCUACCAGAUCAGAGCAUUUGUUUUGUAUGAACUCAUUACCAAAGUUAAGUAUUACACAGCUGUUAUAAAAGUUAUUUUUUCAAGUUUCUUUGAAAAAUGAGAUUGCACUUACUCAUGUUGUCACAUGGAGUGUGGCUGCAACAGGGUUGAUUGUUCUGCUGUUAUUCAUCUUUCACAUACUAUCAAACCACAAAUCAUUCCUCAACUAGGAGUUCUUGCUAAGAGUCAGAUGAGAUCAGAUCAAUCUCAUUAUUUGCAAAUUAAACAUGAAGGCACAGUUAGCAGGCUAUUCGCUUUGCUUACCACAGUCUGCUUCUGUCCAACAGUGAAAACAUACCUACCAGCACAAAGCUAACUUAAUACAUGUUAUAUUGCUUGCUUGUAGCUGCAUUAAAACUGAAGUAGUGUGAAUUGGGGAUUACAUGCUAGACUAUUUUAGGGCCUGGUUUAGUUUUGGAGUAUCCUAAUUAGAAAGCUUUAGAGGUGAUGGUCGGCAGAUUUGUUUAAAUCAUUGGACAGAACCAUGCUAGGUUCAUACCUCCCCCCAUUACAGUCUUAAUGCUAAGGUGACUGUGUUCUGGCUUGAGUUUCAGAUUUAGCAACCAGGCACGAGAUACUGUAUAUAUCCAUCUUAUUAUCUAACUCUUGGCAAGAAAGCUAAAUAAGUUUUUUUUUUUUUACAAACUAUUUUUAAUGUACAUUUCCUGUCAGUGCUACAUGAAAUAAUUUGAUUACCAAAAAUAUCACUUAGGUUAAGGCCAGUACACUUGGGUAUUCUGUAUGUGUUUUGCCCUUAUAAGUCCUUUUGUAUUAUUCAAGAGACUGGAUCACAGCAGGCAAGAUGCAAAAAACAAGGAAUAUAAGAACAUAUAAUGCCUUAGCUAAACAAUUCUGUAUCAUAUAAAAAUACAUAUUUAAAGUUCAUUAAAACUUAAAGGAUUGUAA